AUGGCAAAACUCACGAGAAAGAACCUCCUCUUUUCUCUCUUCUCCCUCUCGCUCCUCUCUCUCCUCCUCCUCCACCACCACCACCACCACCACCACAACAGUCGUCGCCUCUCUCUACCCCCAACUUUCCCCACCUCCUCCUCCUCCUCCUCCUCUUCCUCCCCUCCACCGCCCUCAAUCGCCUACUUCAUCUCUGGCGCGGACACCGACGCUCCCCGCAUCUUCCGCCUCCUCCAGGCUGCCUACCACCCCAGAAACCACUACUUGCUACACCUCGACCGUCGCGCCUCCGACCACCACAGAGAUUGGCUUGCCCGAAUGGUGGCUUCGGUCCCUGUGUUCAUGGCCGCCGGCAAUGUGAACGUGGUUGAGAAGGCGAGCUCCGUUCGGGACGAGGGGUCCUCGCCUCUGGCUUUGGCGCUCCACGGCGCCGCCGUUUUGCUGAAGUGUGGAAGGGAUUGGGACUGGUUUUUGAAUCUCGAUGCCUCCGAUUACCCUCUCGUUUCUCAGGACGAUUUGCUUCACAUCCUGUCAUUUGUGCCAAGGGAUUUCAACUUCAUUGCGCACACUAGUAAUACUAGCUGGAGGGAGUAUCAAAGGAUUAUGGAGGUUACCGUUGAUCCUGCUCUGUAUCUCAUAUCAAAGGGCAGAAUGUUCACAGGCAACAGGAAGCGGACUCUGUCAGAUGCAUACCAAUUUUUCACUGGUUCUCCACAUGUGAUUUUAAGCCGAAAACUUGUAGAGUUCUCGAUCCUGGGAUGGGACAAUCUGCCAAGAAAACUACUCUUGUUCUUCACGAACACCAAAUACUCACUCAGAGACUACUUCCAGACUCUUGCUUGCAACUCCAAGGAGUUCUCUAAAACAGUUGUGAACUCAAACUUGCGCUUUCCCCAGCUGGAUGGUGCAGAGUCGCCUCGAGAUCUGACAAUUUCUGAUUUGGGGAAGAUGCUGAGCAGUGGUGCUGCAUUUGCUGGGAAAUUCCACGCAAACGAGGCACUUCUGGACAAGAUCGACUCCCUCAUGCUCCAUAGGAAACCAGGUACAAUCUCACCGGGAGGUUGGUGUCUAGGCGAGCGAGGAGGCUGGAGAGAUCCUUGCGAGCUCUGGGCUGCCGACACGAUCAUUCUCAGGCCGAGUCCUGCAGCCAAGACCUUGGAGACCCUUCUUCUAAGAUCAAUGGCUAACAAUAACAUGACUUCUCCGGCAAAUCGAUGUGUUCACCGGCGAUCUGGAGAUGCAGUUGCUGCCACAGUUGAGGCGCCGGAGGAUUGAAUGUGUUACCAUUUUUCAUGUUGUGUGUGUAACCUAUCUGAGAUAGAUAGCUGCAGCUGAAGUGUUUGCUAACUGAUGACACUUAACCAUAGGCAUCAACUGUUCAUAGCAAUAGCAUGGAGUCUUUGUUUUGUCUUGCUUGUAAUGUGGAUUCAUGUAUUGAAGAAACGUGUCGAUUUGGUUACGUGUUUGGCUUCUGUUGUGAAGGAUAAUUUGAGU